AUGUCAGAAAAUUUACAAAGUGAACAUGGAUACGUAAUUUAUAAUGCAAAUAUUUAUACAGUCGAGGAUGAUAAUGAUUCUUUACCAAAUGUUGUUGAUUCAUUAGUAGUGUUGAAAAAUAUUUUUGUGGAUGUUGGUUCAUCAUCUUUAAUCUUGGAAAAAUGGAAAGAUUUUAAACAUAUAAAUUUAAAUGGAAAAACAAUCUUACCUGGUUUAAUCGAUGCUCAUGCACAUUUAUCGAACCUUGGUGAAUCUUUAUUAUCUGUAGAUCUUGUUGAGGUGCGCGAGAGAAUUCACGAGUAUUUAUCAAUUCGUUCGAGUGAGAAAGAUUCUUCUGAAAUUCAGUGGAUAAAAGGACGGGGAUGGGAUCAAACACUUUGGCCAUCUAAAUUAUUUCCUACUCAUAAUGAUUUAGAUUCCGAUCCAAUUUUAUCAAAAUUUUCAAUUUUAUUAACACGAAUUGAUGGACACGCAGUAUGGGUUAAUAAGAAGACUCUAGACAUACUUCAAGAAAAUAAUAAUUUACCUGAAGAAAUUGAAGGUGGUGAGAUAUGCAGAGAUAAAGAAACUAAUGAAUUGACUGGAAUUUUCAUAGAUAAUGCAAUUGAAUUGAUUGAUAAAUUAGUACCAUCGCCAUCUGAAUCAACAUUAUUUACACAAAUAAAGGGAGCAAUUUCAAAAAUGCAUGAGAACGGUUUAACGGGAGUUCAUGAUGCAUGUGUCGAAUUAAGAUUAAUAAAUUUUUUUGAAAAAAUUAUUUUAGAAAAUCCUGAAAAUUUUAAUAUUAGGAAUUAUGCAAUGGUUGAGAGUCCACGAAAUGUUUAUUGUGGUGACCAAGUAAAACGAAUUGAUGGAAUAGGCGAUGGGAGAUUAUUUGUAAGAAGCGUUAAAUUGGUGAUGGAUGGGGCAUUGGGAAGUUGGGGAGCUGCAUUAUUAGAACCAUAUUCUGACGAUCCAACAAAACAAGGCUUGUUACUCUCCGAUCCUUCUUUAUUAACUACUGUAAUUAAUCAAUGGAUUGAAAAGGGAUUUCAAGUAAAUACGCAUUGUAUUGGAGAUAAAGCAAAUCAGAUUAUUAUUGAUGCAUACGAGAAAAGUUUUAAAGAUUACAUUAUCAAGUCUAGUCCAAAUAAUUCUAAUGAAUUAUUAGAAGAACAAUUAAAAGAAGAGAUUAGAAGAUUAGGAGAUAAAUUAAGAUUUAGAAUCGAACAUGCACAGAUAUUGACACAAAAAGAUAUUAAACGGAUGGGAGAAUUAAACAUAAUUCCAUCAAUGCAACCAACUCAUGCAACUUCUGAUAUGUCAUAUGCUGAACAAAGAUUGGGUCCUGAACGUAUAAAAGGCGCAUAUGCUUGGAGGUCUUUAAUUAAUUCUGGAGUUAAAAGAUUUCCACUUUCUUCAGAUUUCCCUAUAACCAUCGCCAUCUGA